AUGGCUGAUUUAAAACUAACUGAACCACAAUCCAGUCGAUUAAUCAAAUGGUUUGGUAAUUAUCACCGCGAAGCCUUAAUGGAAACUCUACCGAUGUCUGAUGUGCAGAUAUACUAUUACAAAAAUAUCCGAACAGUAUGGACUAUCAAACUCUUGCCAAUUUGA